CACGGCCCUGGGGUUCAGACUUCAGACAAAUCGGGAAAUCGAUCAUGAUGGCUUCUCGGAUUCUGUCGGCGGUGUCGAAGAUGGGAUCCGCAGCGGCGAAGCGCCAAGCGCUGAACUUAACGGAUGCCGCCGCCGCUAGAAUAAGCCACCUACUACAACAGCGGCAGCGGCCCUUCCUCAGGUUGGGCGUCAAGGCUCGUGGCUGUAAUGGCUUGUCGUACACCCUCAACUACGCAGAAGAAAAGGGGAAGUUUGACGAAUUGGUCGAGGACAAGGGUGUAAAGAUAUUAAUUGAUCCAAAGGCCCUUAUGCAUGUAAUCGGGACCAAGAUGGAUUUUGUAGAUGACAAACUCAGGUCCGAGUUCAUAUUUAUCAAUCCGAACUCUAAAGGGCAGUGUGGUUGCGGUGAAUCUUUCAUGACAACAACCAAUACUGGAGCUGCUUAGCAGGGUGAUGGUUAAAAGUUCAGUUGAACUUGUGAUGAAUCGAGACUCGAUGAAACACUUCGUUUUAUACUUUAUUCCCCACUCAAGCUUAGCAGCAAUGGUUCUUGACGAAAAUUUCACCAGCGAGAAUGGCGUUGCUUGUCAUUGUCUGGUGGACUCUUGCGGCAGCAGCAGCAGCAGCAGCAGCAGCUGCUAUACAUUGGUUGUGUCGUCCUCGCCAUUCACCAUUUUUUUCCACAGUAACCCUUGCGAUCGUACUAUACUCUUUAGAUAUGAGUUGAGAUGAUUUUAAAUGAAUUGAAUAAAAUAUUAUUUUUAAUAUUA